GCUCCUCCUCCUCUCUGCUCACUCCCAUUCUCUGUCCUCAUCUCUGGAGUUACUCAAUGCCGAACCUUCACAAAAAAAGAGAGAGAAAAGGAGGGGAAAAAAAAUCUCACCAAAGACAAGAACUCCAGGAGGGGCUUUCAAAUGAAUUCCUCCCCCACCUCCCUCCUUUCCCUGUGUUUUACAACACUGUGUCCUCCCUGCUCUGGAGAUCACACCAGAAAGCCACACGCAGGAGAAGUGGAGGCGAAUUUUCUCUGUGUCUGUGUGUGUCUAGAUGUGUUUUUCUCCCAGGCUGCAGAUGGCAUUAGGAUCUUGAAGAAAAAAAAACCCAACACACACACACACAAAACAACCAACUUUCCAGUCCUGGCAUGAAAAAUCCAGGCAGGGAGGGGGAAAAAAUCCAUAGAACUUUUUCUAGCCUAGGGCUGGCAGAGAGGGGGGCAAAGGCUUUGGGUGCCUCUUGAUUUAUGUGUGUGAAUCUCCAAGAAGAAAACACAGAGAAGGGGUGGGAAAAAAAAAUCUCUUUUCCUUUGCAAUCAUGGCCUUGAGGACUUCAUUGCUUGGACUCUGUAUGGGAUUACUGGUUUCCUUGCUGGAACUGUGGAUUAUAUCAGCUGUUAGCCUGGAGCCAAUAUACUGGAACACAGCAAAUAGAAAGUUCCAGGCAGCGGGGGUCGGUCCUGUACCCGCAGAUCGGCGACCGCUGGACCUGAUCUGCCCGCGGUCCCCGGCCCCGGGCCCUCUCGGCGGAGGAGUACGAUAUUACAAGCUGUACCGGCCGGGCGAUCAGGCCCGGGCGGCGAGAUCUUGCAGGCCCCGCAAUCUGCUGCUGACGGGUGCGACGCCCGAGCCGGACGUGCGAUUCACCAUUCAAUUUCCAGGAGUUCAGCCCAACCUGUGGGGCCACGAGUUCAGAAGCAACAGGAACUAUAACACAUCACGCCGGGCGAGGGUCCGGGUAACUGGCCACCCCGCCACAGGGUGCUGCAUCUCAGCACCAGAUCCCAGCACAGGCUCCAAGUCCCAGAAAUCAAGGCCAGAGACGCCGCCUGAGAAGGAGCGCGGGACGCUGGGCGCGGCGGAUGCUGGCAAGGAAAGCGGCACAGCGGGCGUGACGGGGGCCGUGUGCUGGCGCCGGCGCCGGGCCAAGCAGAGUGACACCCACCUCCCGCCUCUCUCGCUCAGCAGCCUGACAAGCCCCAAGCGGGGCGGGGCCGGCGGGGGGGGGAACAACAACGGGUCGGAGCCCAGCGACAUCAUCAUCCCGCUACGGACGUCGGACGGGGCCUUCUGCCCCCACUAUGAGAAAGUGAGCGGGGACUACGGGCACCCCGUCUACAUCGUGCAGGAGAUGCCCCCCCAAAGCCCCGCCAACAUCUACUACAAAGUGUGAGGGGGAAGGGGGGCCCGGGCACACCCCGGCGCCGGCUAUGGACUCGUGCCUUUUCCCCCUGAUACGGACGCCCCCCCCGGCGCUGACGGGGUUCACGCAGAGCCAGGAUGGUGACCCCCCCCAAUACGGACGGCGCCGACCCCCAGUGCUGACGGAGACGGACGCCCCCCACUUCUGAUUCUUCCUUGUGUGAACAGCCCCCGGCACUGACAGGAUUAAAGCAGAGAUGGGGGGGCCCUGUACUGCUGCGCUGACAGGGUUGAUGGGGGCCAAGGGGGUCCCUGUGCCAUUCUCCUCUCUGGCACUGAUGUGGGGAGGGCUCAGAGUGGAUCCCUUCCCCAGACCCCGCCAGCUCCGCUCCUCCCAUCCCUACAAUCCCUCCCAGGCCAGAUCCUGCCUCUUCCACACACCCCCAGCUCCACCAGGGAUGGGGGGUCUUUGGGGCUGGGGGGAGGCCAGGAGCAGCUGUGUUAUGUCUCGGGGUGGGGUGAGGGGAGAUCAGCCCUGUUCAUGAGAUUUCCCCCUGUCCUAUGGACUGGUGGGGGCAGUUUUACACGCCCCCCCCCCCAGUCCCUGUUCACGUGGAGUGGGGGUGGGAUUCGAGAGAGAGGUGAAAGGUUUGGUUAUUUCAACCAUUGGGACCUUUUCCAUGUCUCUGCUUUGAAAAUGUGACUCAGCAAAAAUGACCGCCAGCCGCACGCCCCCCCCCCCGCCCCCUUAUCAGAGAGACGUUUUCACGGGGGCCGGGCAGGCAUGGAGGUAUGGGACUGGGCUUGUCAUUUUUCACAUCCCCCCACCAUUGCCAUUCAGCAAGAAGUGAAUUUUAAGCCACAGGAAGUGACAUCUCGUCCGCCAGGAAAUGCGGUGAAGGAAGAGACUCUGGCGAGGGUGGGACUUCCUCUUUUUGGAUGGGGACUUCCUGUUUCGGGUGGGACUUCCUGUUUCAGGCCCGGAAAUGACUUCAAGGUGAAAAAGGAGGGGGCGGGGGGACAGAUCUUUGCAGGCUUUAAUGACAUUUUUUUGACCUGGGAAUUUCUUAGCUUUUGUUGGUGGAAUUUACUG